AUGACCCUGAGCACGGAGAUGUCCGAUGCCUCCGGCCUCGCGGAGGAGACAGACAUCGACGUGGUGGGGGAGGGGGAGGAUGAAGACGACGAGGAAGAGGACGACGACGACGAGGGCGGUGGUGGCGGGCCCCGGCUGGCUGUCCCUGAGCAGCGGCGGCGGCGGCGGCGGCGCUCAUAUGCUGGGGAAGACGAGCUGGAGGACCUGGAGGAGGACGACGACGACGAUGACAUACUGCUGGCCCCGCGGGCUGGGGGCUCCCCGGAGCCCCCGGGCCCAGCCCCGACAGCGGGGGUCGGAGCCGGUGGGGGCGUCAGCGCGGGCGGCGGCGGCGGGAGCGCGGGUGGCGGCGCCAAGAACCCGCUGGUGAAGCCGCCCUACUCGUACAUCGCGCUCAUCACCAUGGCCAUCCUGCAGAGCCCCAAGAAGCGGCUGACGCUGAGCGAGAUCUGCGAGUUCAUCAGCGGCCGCUUCCCCUACUACCGGGAGAAGUUCCCCGCCUGGCAGAACAGCAUCCGCCACAACCUCUCGCUCAACGACUGCUUCGUCAAGAUCCCCCGCGAGCCGGGCAACCCGGGCAAGGGCAACUACUGGACGCUCGACCCGGAGUCCGCCGACAUGUUCGACAACGGCAGCUUCCUGCGCCGGAGGAAGCGCUUCAAGCGGCAGCCGUUGCUCCCGCCCAACGCCGCGGCCGCCGAGACGCUGCUGCUGAGAGGCGCGGGGGCCGCGGGCGGCGCGGGAGACCCGGUGGCCGCCGCCACGCUCUUCCCGCCCGCGCCGCCGCCGCCGCCCCCUCACGCCUACAGCUACGGCCCCUACGGCUGCGGCUACGGCCUGCAGCUGCCGCCCUACGCGCCGCCCUCGGCGCUCUUCGCCGCCGCUGCCGCCGCCGCCGCCUUCCACCCGCACUCGCCGCCGCCGCCGCCGCACGGCGCGGCCGCCGAGCUGGCCCGGACCGCCUUCGGCUACCGGCCGCACCCGCUCGGAGCCGCCCUGCCCGGACCCCUGCAGGCCGCGGCGGCCAAGGCGGGAGUCCCGGGCGCCUCGGCGCUGGCGCGCUCGCCCUUCUCCAUCGAGAGCAUCAUCGGGGGCAGCCUGGGCCCGGCCGCCGCCGCCGCCGCCGCCGCGCAGGCCGCCGCUGCCGUGCAGGCCUCGCCCUCGCCCUCGCCGGUGGCGGCGCCGCCCGCGCCCGGGUCCGGCGGCGGCGGCUGCGCGGCGCAGGCGGCGGUGGGCCCGGCCGCCGCGCUCACUCGCUCCCUUGUGGCCGCCGCGGCCGCCGCCGCCUCCUCCGUCUCUUCGUCGGCCGCCCUGGGGACUCUGCACCAAGGGACUGCCCUGUCCAGUGUGGAGAACUUUACUGCUAGGAUUUCAAAUUGUUAA